AGAUAUUUGCUACACGUUUACUUCGACCAAGAACAUCAGUUCCUUAAUUCUCUCUCUAAAAAAGUUCAAUUGUUUCUGGAGAGAGAAAAUGGUAGCUCGGAAGUUCCUUCUCCAUCACAACGAUUCCAACUUCGAUGUCGAGUACGACACCGACGACGGCUUUGAAGUUUUCAAAUUCCAGCUCUUUUCUCUCACUUCAAUUCCUCCCGAUGAGCAAAAGAUAUUCGGAGGCGACGAUGAUCGGCUUGUAUCAGAUGAAUCUGAUCUCGCCUCAGUUACCGAUAAACUUCGGUUGGUAUCGAUCAACGAAGAAAAAAAACCGGCUGCUGAUGCCGAAUUGGUGAAAUCCGAUGAGGAAUUGGCUCGGAUGUUGCAGGCAGAAGAAGAAGCCCUUAUGUUUCAGCAGUAUGCCGUCGUUGAAGAUAAGGGUAAGGGACAAAUCGAACAAAUUGUACGGCCUUAUAUUAACCAGGUUCUAAUGUAUGAAGAUAUGAAUCGCCAGGAGGAAGCUCGGAAGACGGUACCCGUAGAGAGGUUAGAGGAGAAAGCAUUAGUUGCACUGGCCAAGGAGGGAAACUUUAAACCAUCAAAAAGUGAACAAGAUGAUGCUUUCCUGCUGCAACUGCUUUUCUGGUUCAAACAAUCAUUCAGGUGGGUACAUGCACCUCCUUGUGAUAGUUGUGGCAAUGAAACCAUAAAUCAGGGCAUGGGUGUUUCAAUUCCUUCAGAAACACAGUAUGGAGCUUCUCGAGUUGAACUUUAUCGCUGCAAUACUUGCUCAAGAAUCACUCGUUUCCCACGGUACAAUGAUCCAGUAAAGCUUCUGGAAACAAGAAGGGGGCGCUGUGGGGAGUGGGCCAAUUGCUUCACACUCUAUUGUCGAGCUUUUGGCUAUGAAUCUCGUCUUAUCAUGGAUUUAACAGAUCAUAUUUGGACUGAAUGCUUCUCACCUUUCCUUGGAAGAUGGAUGCAUCUUGAUCCUUGUGAAGGAAUAUAUGACAAUCCACUAUUAUAUGAGAAGGGCUGGCAAAAGAAAUUGAACUAUGUAAUUGCUAUUGCAAAAGAUGGAGUGUGUGAUGUCACUAAACGUUACACAAGGAAGUGGCAUGAGGUUCUGACUCGACGAAAUAUUACUACGGAGCCUGUUCUAUCUACUCUUCUCUCUAAUAUAACAAGAGAGUGUCGAAAGAAUUUUACAUCUCAAGUGCUUUCAGCACUUGAACAACGUGACAGGAAUGAAGCAGAAUCACUUGAGAGAGAUUUACAUUCUAAAGAUGAUGCUUCGAUCUCAUUACCUGGUAGACUAAGUGGAGACAAGGAAUGGCGUAUAUCAAGGUCAGAAUUUGGUUCUGAUGAGAAUGAAUAUUUAAGUUCUUCUUCCUGUCCAGUCCGUAAAUGCAUAGAUGAGCAUGUGACAAAGAUCUACAAUGGAUUUUGUCCUAUCAUUUCCCAUUUCGUGGAGAAAUCAUUUUCUAAAUCUAGAGCUGUUGAAGUCCUUAAAUUUUUCAGAGGAAUUUUGAUCAAUCUCAAGAAUUGCCCUUUUAGAAUGAGGAGAACAUCUAUAAACUCUGUUUCAAAAGAUGCUCAAUAUUUUGUCAAUCAGCUGUUGCCCUCUUUUAAUCAGCUCCUUGAUGCUCUUUCCCUGAAGAGUGAAUUGGUAAAUGGGAGUGUUGACAUUUGUUUGGCCGCCGAUCCUGUAAAAACUUCCAUAGCAUUGCCUGUUGUGUUCCAUGCCUUGGAUGACGUGAUUCAUAAUGUCAACAAAUGCGACAACUUCAGCAAAGAUUCCCUAGCUUGGCCACUUUUGAAGUCAAACAGAAUAUGUUCUGGUUUAGUCCUUGCUAGUGGUGAAGAACUUCCUUUUGGAAUUGCAACAUCUGCCUUUGAUGGAACUCGCAUGUCAAAGUGGGAAGAACCAAAUGGUGCAAGAGAUUGUUGGCUCAUAUACAAGUCAUGGGACAAUCGAAAGCAUGAGCUUGUUGCGUAUGAGUUAAUGUCGGCCAACGAUGCUCCAGAGAGAGAUCCAAUGGAUUGGAUUCUGGAAGGGAGUGAUAAUGGGGGUUCCAGCUGGCGUGUUUUAGACAAACAAACUUCUCAGAUGUUCGACAACCGUUUCCAGCGAAAAACAUUUAAGAUCAGUUCCCAGGGUUUCCGGUCCAAUGCAUUCAGAUUUAAGUGUCUAGCGGUUCGAGAUGUUCAAGCAACUUCACGGUUUCAAAUAGGUAGCAUUGACCUCUAUGCAAAACUGCAGAUAGUGGUCAUAGAGUGAAAAUCAUCUGGCAAAUUCGGUGAUUUCUAAACUGUUUCUGAUGCUAGAGCAUUUGUCCAUCCUAUUCCGAUUGGAAACCCAGUUAUAAGAAUUUAAACAAAUCUGAAAUCUGCGUUGUUCCUCUACUGUUGAUUGAAUUGGUUCUGAACUCACCAUAGUGUCUGCAAGGUCAUUGGAAAGGCCAUGUGUUAUUUGUAACACUAUAAUGAUAUUUCAGUGUCUAAAUCAACUGUGUCCAAAAGAACCUAAAUAUUCUCUCUGUAAACUCACUUCAAUGUUUGUAUAAUCUGCUGUGAUGUUUCAUUCAUGGAGGGUGAUGUUACAGUGAGUGUUCAAAAUGUUCGUAGUUUGUAACCUGUGUGGUGUUGAGGUACAAAAAUUUAAGUACCAACAAAUGCACAUUGAUUUCAUAUUGUAUAAAAUUGACAUUUGCUAGCAAAGCCUUGUGUAUGGCUUUGGUGAA